UAGGCGAGUGAAUGACAAUGCUUGUUCUUCCACUCAGCAAGAAACGUUCAGCGGCAUGCACAUUUAAAAAACUUAACAAUUUACAUAAGAUUCAGAGAAAAUUACCGUACUUAAAAAUGGCAUUGCGUUUUUUCAGUUUAACGCUGAGACCGCAUAUAUGCCGCAUACAGCAAGGUACACCGAAGCAUGGCUUACAGCUAAAGAACAUACUUGAUUUGCAAUCGAGACUCCCAGUUUUGCAGGGGGAACAAAUCAGUUUACUACACGUGCGUAUUACGGAUCAGGAUGCCGGCUUGCAGACGAAAAGAGAAGCAAACAGGCCGACAAACCCAUUUCUAGAUACAAUUUUAGAUGAGGACCCAAGAAGGCAGAUGCCUGAGCGCGCUCACCGAAACAAUUUCAAAAGCUCUAAUCAUUUCGAAAAGAAGACAGAGAAUCAAGAAAAUGUGGAGCAAAAGCAACAAAAGGAAACGGUGACAAAUUUCGGAGAUCCAGAUACAUUUGGCGAUGCCAAGUUCAGUAGUACACAAGCAGAAGAUCCCGGUGACGCGAAGGAAGAAGAGUUUAUUAGCAGACCCACGCGGCACUCACGAAAACUGCGAACCAAAGAAUACGCACGCAUGAUAAAGGAGCACUUGAAUGCUCAUCGUAUUAAUGAUGCCAUUGCUGUGCUGGAGGUGCGCAUGCUGCGGGAGGACCGUGUGAAGCCAGAGAAUUAUAUUUACAAUUUGCUAAUCAGUGGGUGCGCCAAGGCGGGCUAUACUCGGAAAGCAUUCCGUCUAUACACCAAAAUGCGUCAACGUGGACUGAAAGUCACUGGUGGAACCUACACUUCCCUCUUCAAUGCAUGUGCCAAUGCACCCAGUCAAAUUGAUGGCUUGAGCAAGGCGAGGCAGCUGCGCGAGAACAUGUUGGAGAAGGGCUACGAGCCAAACUUGAAGAACUACCAUGCCAUGAUCAAGGCGUAUGGUCGUUGCGGCGACAUCGAGACUGCAUACAUGUUAGCUGAUGAGAUGCUCGAUCGUCAGCUACCGUUGAACGCGGAGAGCUUCAACUUCCUACUACAAGCCUGUGCGAGCGAUGAGAAAAACGGCUUUCGACAUGCCUUGCUCACCUGGCACAAGAUGCUCCAGCGUGGUAUAAGUCCAGAUUACUACAGCUUCAGUAAUAUGCUACGCUGCGUCCGGGAUUGUGGUUUUGGAGAUUUAGAAUCCAUGCAACUGGUGCUGGAGCAAAUCGCCCCAGGUGUAGCCAGCGGUGAACUGCCAGCAGGAGAUGAAAAGCAGCUGGAAUCGACUCCUGCUGAUAGCUUAUCUAUUGCACCCAGAUCCGGAGAAGUCAAUCAGCUGGAAUUGUCAACUCCACCCACCGAACAACUAGAGCUGCCUAAUCUGCUGCUGCCACGCCCACAACUAGGUAGUUUAGUUUCCUUGGCUGAAGUGACACGUCCACAUGAACGUUUUCUGCUCUUGGGCGGCAUUACUGGCUAUUUGGAGCUGAUGAAAGUGCACAACGUAACGCCAAAUAUUGAAUUCUUCACCACCAUGUUGGAGGUUGUUCCACCUACCAAUGCAGCAGAGAAACAAGUGCUAAGCUUCGUGCGCAAGAUUGGACUCAAAGCGGACAUUGACUUCUUCAAUAUACUUAUCAAGAAGCGUUCGAUGCGCUUUGAUUAUGAGAGCGCCCGCGAAGUCCUGAGUAUGAUACGUACAGCAGGCUUGAAGCCGGACAUUGUGACCUAUGGCGUUCUAGCACUUGGUUGUCGCACGCAGGAGCAGGCGCGUGAGCUGCUACAGCAAAUGCAGGCAGCGGGUAUACGUAUGAAUAUGCCCAUACUGGGUGCUAUGUUGCGACAAGGCUGUGCACAGAAAUCAUUUGCGUACAUCAACGAAAUCAUGCAGCUGUGUUUAGAGGAGGGCAUAAAACCAAACGAACAAUUUUUGCGUCAUUUGCACAACUUUCACAGAGGCUGUGCGAGAGCUAUAGAUGCUAGGCAUCCUUCAACGAAAACUGAAGGCUAUAAGAAGGGGCACUCCAAAUUCUGUGAUAAAUACCGCCUGUUUUACGAGGAGCUUGGCCUAACCGGCUUGAAGCUGGAAGACGCUAUUGCCAAGCUGAAACCACGUGCCUACGAACAAUACACGGAAGACUCCGUCACUGGGCAGGAGCCAGCGAAGCACGAGCAAGUGAAACGGAAAACCAAGCUACGCAAAUAUAUUAAGAAAAUCAAAAUUAAUGAGCUGCAGGAUGGACCACAGCUGUCUGAUCCAGUAAAAAGAAUAGAAUAGUCAUUCAAUGUUUUGCUGGUGCUGUAUGAGAAAAACAUUGACUUCACACCCUACGUCGUCGACUUGUGCAAUGGCGAACAGUAUUCCAGUU